CUGGCGCGGGCGCGCGGUGCUCUGGCCGUUCAGUGGAAUGCGCCCGCGCAGCCGAAAGAAUGCAAUCUCGGGCGCAUUUCGGAGGUCGAUCUCUCCGAAGGGCCCGCUCCCGGCUCCAUCGCGACCAUCUGUCGUAAUAAGUUAGACGGAACGCGAGCCGUCCGACACCCUAACGGACCCGGCGACCUCGCGUCCCCAAGCGAAUCAUUCAUUAAGGUGAUAUUGGAAGGACGUGGCAUGAGCGAAGGCAUGUUAUGGAAUAAUAUAACCCAAGUGCGUUUCCUUCAAGGUCCGACUCCGAGGUCGUUCGUCGGCUGCGCCCGCGCACGCGUUCCUUGUAAAAACAAUCUCGGAUUUCUGUUAGGGUGUCUACCAUUUGAAUGA